CAUUGCAUGCACCAUCACCACAGCAGCUUCGUGUAACAUACAGUUAGGCCCCUGAUGGGGCAUAUAGCUAGUAUUACUGUCUUAUAAAACCUUAUCCGCUUGCACCCUUAGCGUGUGGGGCGAGCGCAGCGCGCUUCCACACGACUGGCCACUGAAGCUCCUUAAUAGAAAUACCUGAACGGCAUGAAUACGCAACUGCCAGCGCGCUGCUGUGGCGGUCGUUCACCCGCCAGUCGCUCGCACCACACAUCUCGGCGACCCGCUCCUUUUAGCGCACCUUUAGUACGCCUCGCGCCUCCGCGCUCAUCUGGGAACGAUGACCCUGAACCUCAAAACAUGGAAGCGCUGCGGGAAAAGUUCUUCCGAGCAAACAGCGGCGAGGAUGCAAGCACCUCUCAGGAACCAGCCAGGGAAUUGACGUCGCAGGAUCUCAGCUUGAACAUGAUCAACCCCUACGAGCUUGGCCGACAAGCUCGGCAAGCCUUUAAUGACGUUUGGGAGCAGCUAUCUCGCGUCACGUCGCCCACCCGCAGCUUCAUCAUCGAUGAUGUGCUGGAGGUUGAAGCCGAGACAGAUUUCAAAGCUCCGCAAGCAGCCUACACCACAGUCCUCGUCGUGGGUGCCACGGGUCGUGUUGGACGCAUUCUGGUUCGCAAGCUGCUGCUGCGCGGCUACAAAGUGAAGGCGCUGUUCCGCAAUCGGAAGGACAACACCGGCAAGGAUGCCAUCCCCGACUCUGUGGAGGUGGUGGAGGGCGAUGUGGGCGACAUGGCCACGUGCCAGAAGGCCGUGCAGGGGGUCAGCAAGGUAAUUUUCUGCGCGGGCGCCCGCAGCACCUUCACCGCCGACCUGACCCGAGUGGACGACCGGGGCGUCAUGAACAUGGUUAAGGCGCUGCAGGACGAGCUGUACCGCCGCUCCCGGCGCUCCGGCUCGCGCUUCAGCCCCGCCGCCAAGAAGGAGGUGGCGGACUUCAACAGCACCUUCCACCAGGCCAGGUGGGACGUCACCUUCGUGGGCACCCCCGAGGAGGCCGCAGCGGUGGCGGCGGGGCAGCCCCCGCCGGCCGCCGCCCCGGAGGAUGCGUACGGCAACCGCCUCAACAGCGCGGAGGCGGUCAUCACGGAGGACAAUAACCUGCUGUUUGAAGGCAAGCUCACGCAGCGGGGUGCUUUCGCGGAGGUUGGCGCCGCCCUGCACGCCCUCCUGCCGGGCGGCGAGCACCGCACCGCCGGCACCGAGGGACUCGUGCUCCGCAUCCGGGGCGACGCGCACACCUACCUCUUCAUCCUGCAAACCCAGGAGGGGCACCGCUAUGGAGCUCGCUUCCCAACCCGCGAGGGCUACCUCACUGUGCGGCUGCCGUACGCAGCCUUCCGAGCCGAGUUCCAAGGCCAACCGCCGCUGGAUCCAAGUCGGUUGGCGUUCGUUAGCAUCCGGUACGAGAACCGUCGUACAAGCGGGCCGGCGGCGGCGGUGGCUGCCGUACGUGCUGCCAAGGGGCUGUCACCGGCGGGCAUGCGACAGCUUGCGGCUGCGACGGCGCGGGAGCAGCAGUUUAGUUUGGAGGUGGAUUGGAUAAAGGCGCUGCCGGGAGGGGAGGAGCCGGAUUUCGUGUUGGUGUCAUGCGCGGGGAAAUCGCGGCCGGGGAUUGAGCCGGCGGAUUUGAAGAGGGUGGUGGAGGCGAAGCGGCGCGGGGAGGAGAACCUGAGGCUGAGCGGACUGGGGUACACCAUUAUUCGACCAGGUACGCUGCUGGACGAGCCGGGCGGCUACCGCGCGCUGGUGUUCGACCAGGGCGACCGCAUCACGGAGGCCAUCGCAGCAGCAGACGUGGCGGACAUCUGCCUGCGCGCGCUGCACGAGCCGGAGGGGCGCAACAAGACCUUCGACGUGUGCUACGAAUACCAGGCCGCGGAGGGCAAUGCGCUGUACGAGUUGGUGGCGCACGUGCCCGAUAAGAAGAACAACUACCUGCGGGCGGCGGUGGCGGCACUGGCGAAGAACACGUAAAGGGAUGGUGGGGAGGAAACCGGCUAACGAACCAUGUGAUAAGGCGCAGUGGUUGGGA